AUGUUGAGGGCUCUGCCAAGGGAACAAGGGAAGCCACACCCGAGAACCCUGAAACGCUCGGAUGAAAUUUUGGGGGACAGAAAAGCACCCCGAAGAGCCUCUUUCGCUGCCGGUUUCUUUACCGGCGGAAUGCUAUUCUUGGGAUGCUUGCCUGUAAAUCCUUGUCAUGGAGGCACGUCUGAUGCUUUCAUUCUAAAGCUUCUUAAGUCUGCUCAAGGCUUCCCUCGCUUCUGUAGAGCUCGUCCGGUCUUCCUGGAGCUGCCUUCUUUGUCUCUGAACGGCACCGCUGCUUCAGAAGCCAGCCCCCGAAAAGGCAGGAUCGAGGAAUGCGUUGAAUCGGCGACGCUGUGGACACAACAUCCACCCCACUUCCUGCCAGGGCUUUGGAAAGGACCAAAAUUUGGCCUGCAAAGAAGACAAGGUGUGGUUCGCUUGUUUUUGGAAGGCCGCUUUAGGAGCUGCCAGCAUGUGGGACUUCGGGGACUCGUCCAACGGAACUGUGCAGCUCUCAGCCACACCUGCAAAACAGAGCAAAUCUCAUCAUGGAGGGAGAUCUCUUUGGGCUCGGAAGCCUUGCCUUCAGCACACUUAGUCUUGGUGUCGCGUGCACGCAUGGAGCAUGCGCUAUGUGCGGGGCUGGCGAUCCAUCGCAGUCUCAUGUCGAAUGGCGAUCUCACCCACGGUACCUUUGAGAACACCAGAGCCUAG